GCAGAAAUUCUUGAACGCCACAGCACACGGGACACGGACGCGGCAACGACAACAGCAACAGCAACGGCAACGGCAUCGGCAACGGCUGGCCCCAGGCAUAACAGCAAAAAAACAGCACAAAUAGUUUACAUUUGUUUGCUUUUGUUCGUUGGUUUUUUUGUGAUUGUUUUCGUUGUUUUUUCCUCUAGUUUUUUGUGGUGUGUGUCUGUCUGUGUCCGUGCCAUGUACCCGUCGUAUAUUUAUACAACAGUCGCGAAACCUGUGCGCAGAAUUGUCUCAAUUAAAGCAAAGUUACAUUUCGGAAUCCAAUUCCAAUUCAAAUUCCUAUUGCCAUUCUGAUUACGUUGGCUGUGAAUUCACUGUGUGUGGCAUGUAGCGGGAUUUUGUUUGCUCUCCUGUAAACAGUGGGUGGUGGGUGUGUAGUGUGUAGAGUGUGUGUGUCUGUGUCUGUGUCUGUGCCUAAGGCCAUCCGCUUGCCGAGGAGCGAAAGGGGUAGGCCAGAGGAAUAACCAUCGGUAUCGUAAUGCAAAGACGGCGUUAUGGCACUACAAGGCUGGCGCUUUUUCGGUGUCUCGGCGACCAUCAUCAUCUACAUAGGCGGCGUCCUGUUCCUCUCCAUGAACAACAUACCCGGAUCGCAUCCGAAACGACCUCGCAUCGAACGUUUUGCCGAGUUUCCCAGCUUUCAUAGUCCUCGGUUUCCCAUGCCCAGCCGCAAGAUGACCAUUCGCUGGUGUCGCGACCUGAAGUACAUGAAUCGAGAUCUUCCAAACUACACAGACUACAGGGCCGAUUUCUAUACACUGCCCAGCGAUGUAAGCGCCAGCCUGCAGGCCUCGCCCAUGCUGACGGCCUUGGCCAGUUUCCCGGGCAGUGGCAACACCUGGCUAAGAUAUCUGCUGCAGCAGGCUACGGGAAUACUGACAGGCAGUAUCUACAAAGACUACGGACUGCUCAAGACAGGCUUCCCCGCGGAGAACGUGUGUAACAGCUCAGUAUUAUUGGUAAAGACCCACGAAUGGGGCGGCAAGUCCUGGGCCCCAUUCGCCAAAGCAAUCCUCCUGGUCCGGGACCCCGAGAAGGCGAUCAUAGCCGAAUUCAAUCGACAGAGCGGAGGCCACAUCGGCUUCGCCUCACCCGAUCGCUACAAGCGUACAAAGGGUAAAUAUUGGCAGCAGUUCGUGAGCAAUAAGCUCAAGGGCUGGGAGCUAAUGAAUCUCAGCUGGGCGCGCAAUUUUACGGGCAGUAUUAAAGUUGUAUUCUACGACGACCUGGUGCACCACACGGAGCGCGAGCUGCGGGCCAUUCUCGACUUCCUGCAGUUUCCCGUCGACGAGACGCUCUUGCGAUGCGCCAUUCUGCGCAAGGAAGGAAUAUUCCGACGAAAGAAGCGCCUGCUUUCCUUCGACCCUUACACAGAGGCCAUGCGGGCCCAGGUUCAGGCCCGGAAACGCAUCGUCUACAGCCUGCUAGGUCGUAAAGAGCACUAGAGUAGAACUAAAGCUAUGUGAUUAUCAUCUUUAGGAUGGUUCUAAGAGAAGAUUUUGUGCAAAGAGAUGAGCAAAUCAAAGCAAUGCAAAUCGUACCACCAAAUGACGCACAAACCAACCGGAAUUGGUCACAGAACCCACACGCCGCCUACCGCAUAGACAACUGCAUCACAUCACAAAACAAUAACACUUGACAUAGGACCAUAGAUCUCAAUGGAAUCUGGAAUAGCUAGAAUACUAAGUAGGCUUACGCGACCGCGACACCAAGCAAGUCUUCCCAAAGAUCGAACCAUCCCCACAGCCCUUCAAACAUUGUUUCCAAUCGUUUGCCGCCAGCUUAGCGCAUUAGUUCAAAUUUUUGUUGAAUGUUUAGAUAUAUGCAUUAGCUUAGGUUCAAUAUAUGAAGUAUUUGUAGGCUAUAGAAAAUGAUCGGAUCGGAUCGGAAGAUCAAUAGAUCAGAUCGGCUUGCGUAUGCAACAAGGUAUUAUGAUUCCUGAACGAAUUUAUGAAAUUCAUUAUAGGCCAUGUUGUGCUUCAUUGCCCAUCACCACACCCAGUUCGUAAUUACAUUCACAUCUCCGGUGUGCACAUCGGGUUCCUCAUUGCCACUGGUCCUCUUGGUCAAGCUGAACUCCCGUAUUAGACUAUCCUUGUAAAAAGUUUUAUACACGACUCUACAAAUAACAUGUGAAGUACGAACGACUUCGAAUGUAUUAGAUAAUUGUACAAAAAAAAAAAACAAAUCGCGAAAAACG